AUGGCAUUUCACAGGGCUCUUGUCAUUCACUCUCUUCAACAGCCGCUGACUUUAAUCGACAGACCAACUCCAGAACCCAAGCAGGAUGAGAUACUCAUCAAAUUUUCUGUCACAGUGAACCCUCACGACGGUGCAAGCAAAGCCUUUGGCUUGUUUGUCAAGAACACUUUACCGUCACCUUUCGGUCUCGAUAUUAUUGGAACUGUGGUCAAGGUCGGCUCUGGCGUCACCAAAUUUCAACUCGGCGAUGAAGUUUUCGCUUUUGGAAAUCCCGCAUUGCCCGACAGCACUGGUACCCAAGAAUACUGCACUGUACCUGUCUGGCAGGCAUCUCUGAUACCACCUGGGAUCAGCUCUGAUGAGGCAGCCACCUUCCCAUUGAAUGCCAUGACUAUGGUGUUCGCCCUAUUUCACCAGACCGGCCUAGAUCUGCAUCCGCCGUUUGGCCCUGAGCUAUGUCUAUCCGAUUAUAGGUCAGAAUCAAUCCUUAUUAUUGGUGGAGGCGCCGCAACUGGCAAAUUCGGUAUCCAGCUUGCACGCCUCGCUAACUUUGGCCGCAUCAUAACUGUGGCCUCGAGAUCGAAAGAGGCUCUUUUGAAGAGCCUAGGGGCCACAGUGGUGAUUGAACGGAACCAGAGCGAAGAUGAGAUUGAACAGCAGAUAAGAGCUACUGUUGGAGACGGUCUUGUCUAUGCAAUUGACUGCGUGGGACGCACACCCGACGGACAGACACUUGGCGCGAGAGCCCUCUCCAAUACGAAGAGAGGCACCCUUGCUAUCCUUGUCCAUGCAGGUGGGGUAGAUGAAUCUAGGAUCGGUCCUAAAACAGCGGGAUAUGAUCGAAAGAAGAUUCUUUGUAUGACAACAAAGUAUCCAGAUUUGACAAAGCUAUUCUGGGAUAUUCUCCCAAGAUGGAUCCAGGAUGGCAAACUUUUACCAACUACCUUUCAAGUUGUUAAUGGACUAGACGUGGAUAGAAUUAACAGGCUUCUUAACGAUUAUGUAUAUAGCGAAGUGAAGAUUAAGCCCCAUCAAAGUAUCACGCCUUUGGGAGUCUAUUAUUGUAUCACUUGCUUUCUGUCCGGGAUGGGGUUUGUUCUAAACACCCACAAACUUGUCUUUGACGAUGAUUAUCAUCUCAAGUUUGGCCCAGGCGAUCCCGACAACUCGUAUAACUAUUCUUUCUCUCGGAAAUGUUACAUUACUGCCACUGCCACUUCCCUCGUCAUGAAUGUCACUUUUGCCUUCUCGGCGCCCUCUGGGGCUUUCCAGGGCAUCAGUGACGACCUCAAUGUCUCAGUGGAAGCGGCCGGCUUAGUUACCACUCUUUUCCUUCUGGGCUACUGCGCCGGUCCGUUCUUCUGGGCCCCCCUUUCAGAUGUCGAGCUGACGAAUGCGCCUGGCAUCCUCGCUAAUGUACGGAAUCCCGUACAGCGUGGCAACGCCAUGAUUCUCUUUGCUGCGAUGACUUUUGUCGGCCCUGCACUGAGCCCAAUAAUUAGCGGAUUCCUGCAACUGGCCAAAACCUGGCGCUGGACGAUCUAUGUGUCGAUUUGGAUGGCUGCCCCCACAAUGUUUUUACUCUAUACCAUCCCCGAGACGCUUCCCGCGAUGGUCCUGCGUGGAAAAGCUCGGCAUCGCUCGCUGGCUACCAUCUUCAAGCGCGAUCUCACUAGGCUCUGGAGAUUACUAUUGGACCUGAUUAGCUUCUUCGUCGCCAUCUACUACUCUAUCGUUUAUACACUACUCUACAUGCUUUUUAGCAUCUAUCCAUUUGUGUUCCAGCAGAAGCGCGGAUGGAACGCCGGUAAUGGUGAAUUGCCAUUACUGGGCGUAGUGAUCGGGGCUUGCCUCGGCGGCAUCGCCCUAUUCAUCCACAGCACGCGAGUUCGACGCGGCGGCUUUGAUAACCAGAAGACGCCUCAUGUCCCAGAGGAUCGACUGCCCAGUGCCAUGGUGGGCGGUGUCUUGUUUGUGGUGGUAAUAUUCUGGUUUGGCUGGACGGCAGAGUACAACUCUGAACACUGGGUCCUCAUCUUUGUCGUCUUUAUUAACUACAUUGUUGACACAUACACAGCAUACGCUGCUUCUGCGCUGGCAGCAAACACUGUCCUGCGUUCUGCUUGUGCGGUUGCGUCUCUCUUGUAUACAAACUACAUGCUUAAUGCGCUUGGUGUGGGCGGUGCUGCGUCACUUAUCGGGGCUGUUGGUGUGCUACUGGUGCUAAUGCCGUUUAUAUUUACAGAUACGGCGCCGCUAUCCGAUCGAAGUCUAAGUUUGCCGUCAAGGAUGAACUAG